AGUAAAGGAAAAACGUUGGCCGUAUGGCCUCUGUCUUUACUAAAAACAACUGAUUUGUGAAUUUCAUCCAGGAGGGAGUUUGGUCUCAAGGUUACUCGCGCAAGGUUAUCCAUUUUCUUCUUUUGGAAUGAUAUCACUACUAUUUACGGACUACUCAUCUAUCAUUUACACUCGUGAAUUUUCUACAAUAACCACUUCUAAUUCAUAAGAAAAUAUUAUUGAAGAACGAGUAUUUGACUAAAUGUUAUUUACAACGAAAAUACCAAGUCGAAUAAUCAUAUCAUUGGGUUGUUUCUUUCUAGUUCACUAUAUUUUUGGACAUUCGUUAUCUGACGUCGUUCAAAAUGUCUAUGUAAAUGCUUCUCAUCCAUCUGUAUCACUAUUCCCAGCUUCCAACUUAUCUUCACCUAAAAAUGAGCCGAGUACAAAUCAGACCACGCAAGCUAAAUGGCAGCAUUUAUGUCCAUAUAUGAAGUACAAGUGUAGUGAGUUACCAGGUUAUUGUCUUAUGUGCAAUUUCAAUACUUCAUGUGUUUAUGGCGCGGUAGUCAAUGUUACUUGCUUCCCCCGUCCAGGAGUUUAUUGCAAAGAUUCAAGUGGUAUAGCUCAAGAAAACCAAACUUCUCAAACUAAUUCAUCAGACUUUUCUCAUCCGAUGAAUGAUCAAACAAAUUACCUAAUUCAAAAACCGAUUGUGUGUCGAUUUUGCCACCAGUUAGGUGAUACUGAGAUUGUUUGUAUCGGUCGAACUAAUUGUCGUCAACCUAAUGUACCUCGGAGUUUUUAUGAAACGAAAUGUGAACCAUUUCCUCAUAUACUAUGCCUAGGACGAAGAGUAUUCAGGCGUAUGGUGCCUUGUGAUUGGUCUUCUGGUAAAAGUUAUGUACUAACUGUUAUCUUAAGUUUAUUUUUCGGUGGUUUGGGAGUUGAUCGUUUUUAUUUGGGCAUGUGGAUAGAAGGAUUAGGCAAAUUGUUUAGCUUCGGUGGUCUUGGUUUAUGGAGUAUCGUUGAUUUUAUCUUAAUUGUAUCCGGAUAUGUAAAGCCUCCUGGAGAUGCUGUAUACUGGUGAUAUAAUAGGACGCAAUAGUGAUGUAAAUCACCCAUAUAAUUCAAGGUAAUUUAUACUUUUUACUACUUCCAAUAAUUUCAACAACUAUCUCGUGCUUUAAUUCUUCCUGUCUCCUAUAUAUAACUGUAUCCUUCAAGUGUUAGUUUCUAGUACUUGAACAUAUUUUAAUAACUUGUAUAUUUUUUAUGUAUUUGUUUCUGUUUCUUCUGAAAAUGUAAUCUUAAAUCUUUUUUUUGCAAAUGUUCAUGGUUAUCCUAAUAAUUUUUCAUUUUAGUCAGAUGAUAUUGUUUGUCGAUAGUUUUCAAUCAAAAUAUUUUCUUUCAAAAAUUUUGUCUUUAGCGGUAUUAAUUCAAUUAACACUGUUCGAUUUAGUGAUGAACAGAUUAUCUAUCAUUAUGAUUAUAAUAUUAUAGCUAUGUAACAUCAAUACGACAAUUUAAUUAACACUAGUCAUCAAUUGCUUACUUAAUCUAAAUUGCAUUUGUUUAUUGUUCCUAAGAUUCCUCCUGUAUCGUUGCACUCUAGGUGUUGCGUAUAAAAAAAGUACUCUAACAAAUUAAACUUACAAAACCAUUA